AUGUCCGAACGAAAGAGAAUUUACUAUACCUACAAAACGAUCGAGGCGUGGGAGCAGCAUGAUGCAGCGGUCAGAAAGAUCAUUCAAGACGACACUGGAACUGACGUCUGGGUCUGCAACCGAGCUCUUCCUCCAACCUGCUAUCCCCCCCCGGUCACCACCGAUGCGAUCGACAAGAUUAAGAAACUCGAUGAAGAUAUCGUUGUUGGGGAAAUUGACGCGGACUGA